AUGAGUAUUUCCGACGAUCAUGGUUCGUCCAGUUUCUCACCUUCCGAGACACCAACUGCUUUCCAAGAGAGCCGUAUUCCAGAAGCCCUACCGGGAGUGAAAUUUGGAGUUCCAGGUUACAUCAUUGUUCUAGAUCCCCUGGAGCAGAGUCUCAUUUUGAGAUAUCUGCGUUCCAGGUGCCAUUCAUGGAGUCGUCUUCAGACCGAAAAAUACAUCAUAGGACCGGGUUCCAUAAGAAAUAAACAGCGCCCAUCUAAGGGUUCCAUUCCAACCUAUGAGUUCCGAGAGACACCUCCUUUAGACCGACAGACAGGAGGCUCUUGCCAGGCUAUCGCUAUUGACUGUGAGAUGGUCGCAGUGCGACAUGGCCGCCAAGCAUUCGCGUUUCUCAGUGCUGUUGAUGUUUUGACCGGCCGAUUGCUGAUCAGUCGUUAUGUUGUACCAUCGGAGGAAGUGGUCGAUUGGCGGUCAAAAAUCAGCGGAAUAACGGAGGAUGUCAUGACCCGUGCCGUUUGCUCUGGAGCAGCAUUUAAUAAUUGGCGAGAGGCGCGCGACAAAUUAUGGGAGUUGAUGGACGACUCGACUAUAUUAGUCGGUCAGUCUCUCAAUUUUGAUCUCGAAGUCCUAGGCAUAUGCCAUGCGAAGAUCGUUGACACCGCUAUUUUGACUGCCGAGACUGUCUUCCCUUCGAUUAUCUCUACCGAGCCAUUACCUCGUCUGUGGAGCCUGAAGAGCCUUGCGAGGGAGUUCUUGAGCUUGGAGAUACAGAACAGCACUCUUGGGCAUAAUGCUGUAGAAGACGCAUAUGCAGCACGAGACAUUGCCAUCUGGUGUAUCAGAAACCCAGAGGAACUGAAGUUGUGGGCAGAAAGUGCUCGACGCCAGGAGGAAGAACGUAAACGCAGAAAAGAUCUACAAAGGCAUCGCAAGGGCAAAUCUAAGCAAAAUUUGCCUGCCUCGCGGACUACUCGAGUUUGGAGGUAUGAUGCUCAAUAUGAUGAUGAUAUUGAUGAUUUCCGGCUGUCCGACCUUGCGGAGGAACUUGGAUGGCCUGAGGGUUAUGAUCCUUGGUCUAAUUGA